AUGGGAGAGGGUCAUGGGUGGAUGGGAGAGGGUCUGGGUCGAUGGGAGAGGGUCAUGGGUGGAUGGGAGAGGGUCUGGGUCGAUGGGAGAGGGUCUGGGUCGAUGGGAGAGGGUCUGGGCAGAUGGGAGAGAGGGUCUGGGCAGAUGGGAGAGGGUCAUGGGUCGAUGGGAGAGGGUCAUGGGUGGAUGGGAGGAGGGUCUGGGUCGAUGGGAGAGGGUCAUGGGUGGAUGGGAGAGGGUCUGGGUCGAUGGGAGAGGGUCAUGGGUGGAUGGGAGAGGGUCAUGGGUGGAUGGGAGAGGGUCUGGGUCGAUGGGAGAGGGUCAUGGGUGGAUGGGAGAGGGUCUGGGUCGAUGGGAGAGGGUCAUGGGUCGAUGGGAGAGGAUCAUGGGUGGAUGGGAGAGGGUCAUGGGUGGAUGGGAGAGGGUCAUGGGCAGAUGGGAGAGGGUCAUGGGUGGAUGGGAGAGGGUCAUGGGUCGAUGGGAGAGGGUCUGGGUCGAUGGGAGAGGGUCAUGGGCAGAUGGGAGAGGGUCAUGGGUGGAUGGGAGAGGGUCAUGGGUCGAUGGGAGAGGGUCUGGGUCGAUGGGAGAGGGUCAUGGGUCGAUGGGAGAGGGUCAUGGGUGGAUGGGAGAGGGUCAUGGGUGGAUGGGAGAGGGUCAUGGGUGGAUGGGAGAGGAUCAUGGGUGGAUGGGAGAGGGUCUGGGUCGAUGGGAGAGGGUCAUGGGUCGAUGGGAGAGGGUCAUGGGUGGAUGGGAGAGGGUCAUGGGUGGAUGGGAGAGGGUCAUGGGUCGAUGGGAGAGGGUCAUGGGUGGAUGGGAGAGGGUCAUGGGCAGAUGGGAGAGGGUCAUGGGUGGAUGGGAGAGGGUCAUGGGUGGAUGGGAGAGGGUCAUGGGUGGAUGGGAGAGGGUCUGGGUCGAUGGGAGAGGGUCAUGGGUCGAUGGGAGAGGGUCAUGGGUGGAUGGGAGAGGGUCAUGGGUGGAUGGGAGAGGGUCAUGGGUCGAUGGGAGAGGGUCAUGGGUGGAUGGGAGAGGGUCAUGGGCAGAUGGGAGAGGGUCAUGGGUCGAUGGGAGAGGGUCAUGGGUGGAUGGAGAGGGUCAUGGGUGGAUGGGAGAGGGUCAUGGGUCGAUGGGAGAGGGUCAUGGGUGGAUGGGGAGGGUCAUGGGCAGAUGGGAGAGGUCAUGGGUGGAUGGGAGAGGGUCAUGGGCAGAUGGGAGAGGGUCAUGGGUGGAUGGGAGAGGGUCAUGGGUGGGAUGGGUAUGGUGAGGGGUGGAUGGGAGAGGGUCAUGGGGAUGGAGAGGUCAUGGGCAUGGGAGAGGGUCAUGGGUGGAUGGGAGAGGAUCAUGGGUGGAUGGGAGAGGGUCAUGGGUGGAUGGGAGAGGGUCAUGGGUGGAUGGGAGAGGGUCAUGGGUGGAUGGGAGAGGGUCAUGGGUGAACGUGUUUGCUCUGGUCUUCAGGUGAACGGUCAGAACGUGGUGAAGGUCGGACAUCGACAGGUGGUGAACAUGAUCCGACAGGGAGGCAACAGCCUCAUGGUGAAGGUCGUCAUGGUAACACGUAACCCCGACAUGGACGACGGCUCGCGGAAGAAAAUUUCUCAGCAGAGCAAGAGGCUGAGCACUCCGGCCAUCGCGCUCCGAUCCAAAUCCAUGACCUCGGAGUUGGAGGAGAUGGUCCGAGCUGCAGCUGCAGGAGGCGCUGCAGCUGUAGGAGGAGCUGCAGCUGCAGGAGGCGCUGCAGCUGCAGGAGGCGCUGCAGCUACAGGAGGAGCUGCUGCAGCUGCAGGAGGCGCUGCAGCUGUAGGAGGAGCUGCAGCUGCAGGAGGAGCUGCAGGAGGAGCUGCAGGAGGAGCUGCAGCUACAGGAGGAGCUGCAGCUGCAGGAGGCGCUGCAGCUACAGGAGGAGCUGCAGCUGCAGGAGGCGCUGCAGGAGGAGCUGCCAAACACCACCACGGUUAUCUUCUUUUGUUUGUUGCAGAAUUCGAAUCGUCCCAAGUGUCGGAGAAGAAGAGGACGGUCUAUCAGAUGGCUCUGAAUAAAUUAGAUGAAAUUCUUGCAGCCGCUCAGCAGACGAUCAACACCAACGAGGCUCCGGGGACACGGGGCCAGGGGCCCAAACGGGACCGGGGCCGGAGCUUCUACGGCAACGAGGGCUAUGGAGACCCGUCUGGGAUGGGGGCGAUGUCUUCAGGGUUAGGCCUGGGCUACGACCGCGGGCAGUUCUCUGGUCACGGCCCGCCGCACGGUAUGCUGCGGCAGAAGUCCAUCGGGACCCCUGAGGAGGAGAUGAAGCAGUAUCUUGGUCCUCCGACCAUGAAGUUUGUCCGCAGUCUGUCUGUGCCUGGCCCGGACGACAUCCCCCCUCCCCCCACCACCGCCCCUCCAGAACCCCCCUUCUCCUCUGCACCUCCUUUGGGAUGGAGAACCAAAUCCUCCCAGCAGCCCUCUGUGUCCAUGUCCCAGGCCUCCGCCACCUCUGCCCACUACCAGUCUUACUCCCAACAGCCUGUGCACUUCACCCACGGGGGCAGGGAGAGAGCUGGAGCUGCAGCCGGAGCCAUGGACCACGCCAUCUACGCACACGUGUCCACCGCCCACGCCGUCCAGAGCCGUGCAGCCUCGCGGAAGGUGGCGUACCCUGGGGAAACUGCUGCUGCUGGAAUGGGAGCGGGAGCGGUGGCGAAGGCUGCUGUUCUCAGGCGAGGGUAUAGCACCGCCGCCAUCCCGCCUUCGAGCAUCGCUGCAGUGAUGCCCCAGCAACAGCAGCCUGCCCAGGGUCCACCGCAGCGGACAGAGCGGAGCGCAGUGGGGGCGGGUGGGCCGAAAGGACAAGCCAGGAGAGGCAAAGGUCCUCUUGUGAAGCAAUCCAAGGUGGAGGACUUGCGGGGGGGACAGGCAGCACUUGGGAGUAAAGGUUCAGUGGAGAAAAGCUCAAUCCCAAUCCCAACUAUCAUUGUCAAAGCGCCUUCGACAAGCAGCAGUGGCCGUAGCAGCCAAGGUAGCAGCGUAGAAGCAGACGUUCCCGGUACUGGAGAGUCGGAAGAGUCCAAAACGCCUCUUCCUCCAUCUACCCCUGCCCCUCAGCCUCCAGCACCACCCUCUGUCCCAGCACCUCCACCUCCUUCUAUGCGAGAUAAUAUGGACUAUACGAGCCAGUUCGGUGCAGCAAUCGUAGACGCAGACGAUGGAUUUGUGUAUGCAGACCCCCUUCCGCCUCCGCGAGAAUUCGCCAAUAGCUUUGACAGAGGUCAGGGAAGUGCAAUGGCAAGGUCCAUCGCCGUCGCAAGUUUCGCCCAAUCCUCCCAUGUCGCCUUCCACUCUCCAAACGUCAUCGGCCAGAGGGCAACCACAGCCGUCUGUGUCACCUCCUCCAGGAUCCUACCAUCGCCCCUUUUCAAUGUCCCAUCAUCACCUUUACAACAGCAGCCACGCCCCAGCUCGUGCUUCUUCUCCCACUCCUCCACAACAACACACCGUGACGCCACCCCCAGCCUACAGAGGCCCUCCCGCACAUCCACAAGCAACCUCCACCUCCGUCUCUGUUCGUGGGACCUCUUCCCAAACGAUGAACGCGACCUGCGCAUCCACGUCUACUACUACUACUUCUUCCACCACAACAAGCACUUCCACGCAGCUUUACCAUGA